AUGGUUAAAGAAGUGUUUGUUGACUCAGAGACUUUGCCCUAUUGCUUCGACAGACAAACACACACAUGGACUGACAAAACGGACAAAGAACGCGGUCGUCCGUGUUUUGUCUGUCUGUGUUCGUCCGUGUUUUGUCUGUCUGUGUUCGUCCGUGUUUUGUCUGUCUGUGUUCGUCCGUGUUUUGUCUGUCUGUGUUCGUCCGUGUUUUGUCUGUCUGUGUUCGUCCGUGUUUUGUCUGUCUGUGUUCGUCCGUGUUUUGUCUGUCUGUAUUCGUCCGUGUUUUGUCUGUCUGUGUUCGUCCGUGUUUUGUCUGUCUGUAUUCGUCCGUGUUUUGUCUGUCUGUGUUCGUCCGUGUUUUGUCUGUCUGUGUUCGUCCGUGUUUUGUCUGUCUGUGUUCGUCCGUGUUUUGUCUGUCUGUGUUCGUCCGUGUUUUGUCUGUCUGUGUUCGUCCGUGUUUUGUCUGUCUGUGUUCGUCCGUGUUUUGUCUGUCUGUGUUCGUCCGUGUUUUGUCUGUCUGUGUUCGUCCGUGUUUUGUCUGUCUGUGUUCGUCCGUGUUUUGUCUGUCUGUGUUCGUCCGUGUUUUGUCUGUCUGUGUUCGUCCGUGUUUUGUCUGUCUGUGUUCGUCCGUGUUUUGUCUGUCUGUGUUCGUCCGUGUUUUGUCUGUCUGUGUUCGUCCGUGUUUUGUCUGUCUGUGUUCGUCCGUGUUUUGUCUGUCUGUGUUCGUCCGUGUUUUGUCUGUCUGUGUUCGUCCGUGUUUUGUCUGUCUGUGUUCGUCCGUGUUUUGUCUGUCUGUGUUCGUCCGUGUUUUGUCUGUCUGUGUUCGUCCGUGUUUUGUCUGUCUGUGUUCGUCCGUGUUUUGUCUGUCUGUGUUCGUCCGUGUUUUGUCUGUCUGUAUUCGUCCGUGUUUUGUCUGUCUGUGUUCGUCCGUGUUUUGUCUGUCCGAGUCCGUCCGUGGUCAGUCUUUUCUUCCUUUUUGAAUCCGUCCAUGUUUUGUUUGCCCUCUCAUUUGAAUAUGCCACGGGUAAAACGAGUGGAAUUGAACGAGGAAGAAAAGACUGA